CAGAAAACGAUCAAACUAUCAGGAAACGAUGUGUUCAUCUGAGCCUCGUCUUCGCGCCACCGAAAACCCUAGCGAAUGGAGAUUCACAUGGGAAGCUCAGUCUCACGUCCCAAUCCUCCGAUUAUACCUCUUCAACCCGAACAUCAAACCCGCAGCUCAUUGCGCCCACCUUCGCGUCGACGCAGUCUUCGAGCACUCUCUGCUCACUGUAAGCUUCUUUGAAACCGAGUGUCAAGUCGAGACCUCACUUCGAGUACCUAUUCCUAGGGUUGUGGUCGAUUUCGAGUCUCCUGUUCACUCGAGAACUCUCGACGAUCAUAUUGAAGUUAAGCUCGCUCUUCUUCUUCCCGUUGAUCAUCCACUCGGUUCCAAUUUUGAUAGUAUACUGAGCUCACUUGAAAUAGAAGAAUGCAAUAGUGAAAGUUUGGCGUCGGAUGGGGUAAAUGAACUCUCUGCAGCCACUGAUUUACAACGAUUGUCUGCUGCUGGGGAAGUGAACUUUUACUGCAGAAAUUGCACAACAAAGUUGACCAGGGGUAUCAGAGUUUUCAAAGAGAUGCCAUCAGCUAACUGGAGAGAAGUUGCAGACAAUUGGUUUGGGACAUGUUGUUGCUCAUUUGGGGGUGUAAGUGAAAAGCUGGUAAUGAAUUAUGCGAAAUCUUAUUAUUGUACAGCAGGCUUGUGUCUAUUGAGUACAACAUCUGUUAUUAUAAGCACAGAUGACCUUCUGGAGUGUGAACUCCCUGAAAGGAACAAACUCAAGAAAUAUGAUUCUGAACUGAAAUCAGACGACAUCAGUUAUUUGAAUAAAUCCAUGCUUGGUAAUGAGAAUGAUCAACAGAAAAAUGUCUGCUUCGAAAAUAUUUGCAAAGAAGUGCAGGGAACUAACAAGAGCCACUUUGUAAAUUGUUGCGCUCUUGAUCCAUGUGAAUAUCUUUUGGGGCAGCAUGAAUCUGUUGUGGAUUUGGAACUCCCUGUGAAUCAAAAAAUAUUUCUGAAUGGUUUUCUUGGAGAUGCUUUCAUGGCAAGACCCUCCAAUCUUUCAAAAGAUAUUGAAUGGAUUGAAUAUUUUUGUCCCAAAUGUUCAUGUCUUCUUGGUGCAUAUCCUAGCCAUAAUGAUCGUGUACCUCUGGAUGGUGGAGUUCGUCUCUAUAAAUUCUACAUUUCAACUUCUUUUCCUGCCAAUGGAGCUUAUGAUUUAUUUAGGAAUUAUAGCUUUGAGAGGAUGUUCACAAGUCAGUUGCUUGAAAGUGCAAAGGAUGAACUAUCAUUUAGGACUGUGGUUAGAGAUCUGCAUAACAAAUGUCAUUCCCUACAAAUUGUUCUCUUGAACCCAAAUGCAUGGAGCUAUGCUGGAUUUUGUUUGCAUGCCUUAGAACCAGCUCCCAAGAUUAAUGUGUAUCCUGUGAUCAAGGUGUUAUUUUCUGCUAACAACAAUGAUGUGCAGCUUGAAACUAGGAGCAUAGAAGAAUGGGUAACAAAGAAGCAAGCUCAAGAGGUUUACCUGUUGCCAUCUCAAAUAAAAGAACUGAUUGCAAGUUUGAAGACUGCACAUAUAACAUAUCCACAGUCGCAUAAUUUCUCACAGGGGUUUUCUGUGUCAUCCCUGAAAACAUGAGUGAUCCAAGUGGUCUCAAAGAUUAUAAACCGUGUGGUGACCUUGUGAGUUUGCUAGCCAAAUGCUUAGCUCAUAUAAACUUUUAUGAAUUUUGGAGGCAGUAGCUAUUAAAUAUGUCAAUGAGAAAUUCUGACAUCCAAUGUGUAUGAACUUUGUUACAUAUGUAAGAUUAGUUCUU